AUGGAGACUGACAAAGUGGUGUUGUGUGAGAGCCUUGCUAUAUGGCUCCAGACCUUCAACACUGCAGCACCAUGUACGACUGUAGAGGAGCUGACCACUGGAGCUGCCAUUUCUCAGGCCCUGCAUCAGAUAGAUCCAGCGUGGUUCAGUGAGAGUUGGCUCGGUCGCAUUAAAGAAGAUGUUGGGAAUAACUGGAGACUGAAGAUGAACAACCUGAAGAAGAUCCUUCAGAUGAUGGUGGAUUACUACAAUGAGGUCCUGAGCCAGCAGAUCCAGGAGUUUCCCCUGCCUGACCUGGUGAAGGUGGCAGAACACUCAGACCCUGUAGAACUGGGACGACUGCUGCAGCUCACACUGGGCUGUGCUGUCAAAUGUGAACGCAAGCAAGAGUACAUCCAGAUCAUCAUGACUCUGGAGGAGUCCGUACAGCAUGUGGUGAUGACAGCCCUUCAGGAGCUGAUGAGUAAAGAGAACAUGGCCCAGUUUGGAGCAGAGCCACCGGGGGACGUAGAAUCACAGUUGAAGAAGGCUCUCGAGGACCUGGCAGAUCUGAUGGCAGAAAAGGAGGAGCUAGCCCAGCGCUGUCAGGAGCUUGACGUACAGGUGACGGUCCUUCAGGAGGAGCGUAACAGCCUAUUAGCUGAGAACGACGUGCUGACGGACCGAGCCAAUCAGCUGGACUCGUUUGAUAACCCGAGCACGCCCUCCGGACGGAAACACAGCCAGCUACAGAUACAGCUAGAGACACUACAGGAGGAGAACUUCAGGCUAGAGGCAGCUAAGGAUGACUACCGUAUCCACUGUGAGGAGUUGGAGAAGCAGCUGAUCGAGGUUCAGCAUCGUAACGACGAACUCACCAGCCUGGCCGAGGAGUCACGAGCACUUAAAGACGAACUCGAUAUCCUCAGGAGCUGUUCGGACCGUGCUGUGAAGCUGGAGGCGUCAGCGAAGACAUACAGGCGUAAACUGGAGGACCUGGGAGAUCUGAGAAGACAAGUCAAACUGCUGGAGGAGAAGAACAUGACCUACAUGCACAACACUGUCAGUCUGGAGGAGGAACUACGCAAGGCUAACACUGCCCGCGCACAGCUAGAGACAUACAAGAGACAGGUCCAGGAGCUGCACCGGAAGUUGUCAGAGGAGUCUCGGCGGGCAGACAACCUGGCUUACGAAAAGAAGAAGUUUGAAGAGAAACAUGACGCCGUGAUGAGGGAGAAAGAGAGGAUCAUCAUUGAGCGAGACUCUCUGAAGGAGACCAAUGAGGAGCUGCGAUGUAACCAGGCUCAACAGGACCAGCUCCUACAAGCAGGUAGGAUGCCAGCUGGUAGUCCAACCCAUGAUAACCUUGCUGCUGAGAUCCUACCUGUAGAGUACAGGGAGAAGUUUAUCCGGCUCCAGCAUGAGAAUAAGAUGUUACGUGUGCAGCAGGAGGGAUCAGAGAAUGACAAGAUCUCUGAACUACAGACACUGCUAGAGGUGGCACACAGAACCCGUUCCGAACUGGACACUGAGAACAGGUUAAGCAUGGAGAGGGUCACUGAGCUGCAGCAGCAGGUAGAGGAUUUACAGAAAGCCCUACAGGGCCAGGGAGCCAAGACUGAUGACUCUCACCUGAAGAGGAAACUGGAUGCUCAUAUGGUGCAACUGAACGAGGCGCAAGAUGAGAUCAUGAAGAAGAAGGAACUCCUGGAGGACUUGCAGCCAGACAACACACAGACCUCUCUGAGACUGGAUGAGCUGAUGGCUGCUCUGAAGAAGAAGGAUGAUGACAUGAGAGCCAUGGAGGAGAGAUACAAGAUGUACCUGGAGAAAGCACGCAAUGUGAUCCGUGCAUUGGACCCCAAGCUGAACCCAGCCACAGCAGAGAUCCAGGCUCUAAAGAACCAGCUGACGGACAGAGACAAGAGGAUCCUCAGCCUGGAGAGGGAGUGUGAGCAGGCAAAGCUGAGAGAGUAUGAAGAGAAGCUGAUUGUAACAGCAUGGUACAACAAGAGUCUGAGCUUCCAGAAGCUGGCGAUCGAGGCCCGUCUGGGGGGUCGCUCCACCUCCAUGGUGCCCCCAGGUCAGUCCUUCCUGACCCAGCAGCGCCAGGUCACCAACGCCGCCCGCAGGAACCUCUCUGUCAGCGUGCCUGCCACCACCACUAAGUAGACCUGGGAUGGGUGACUACUGAGGUGGGCCAGCGUGUGUACAGGCUUCUGCUAUUAAUGUUGAACCAUGAUUAGUUCAAUCAGGUUUGUUAGUGCUGGGCUGGAACAAAGGCCUGCUGACACUGCGGCCCUCUAGGACUGGGAUCUCCUACAUCUGACGUAAACAAACGAAUGGCUCCUCUCUAACUCCUUUCCAGAAAUGUACACUCAAGUGACCUUAAGCACAUUAGUUCUCAGUCCCUGGAGAGGGGACAAGCAUGCACUAACUGACUUGAACAUGAGCACUUACUCUAACCAGGUUCCCUACUCACUGAUACACCAGACGGUAACAGUUUUACGCCCCACUACAGUUUAGGAUGUUUAUAAUCUCCGGUAAUGAGUUUGGUCUGGCAACCCUACCAACAUGCUUUAUUAGCUUAGCACAUAGCCUAGCACAUAACACUAACUGAGCCCUACAAUAUACCUGUGUUAGUUUUGAGAAUGACACAAAUAUUAAUUUUCACAAAGUUUGCUGCUUCAGUGUCUUUAGAUAU